AUUAUUUGAGGUGCAUAAAAAUCAAAACAAACUACCUAUUUUUAUUUAUUACAAUCAACAAUGGUGAAAAUUAGAGAUGCAGCAUCCGCCUUCAAAUCAUUAAAUGGUUUAAUAUGUGUUUACAAACCUUCAUGCGUAUCAAUUCCUUCAGUACAACAUAAAAUUGUAACAAAUUUAUGUAGAGAUUUAAAUGCCCUACCGGAUAGACCAAGAGAACAACGUGUGGAGAUUGUAGGCGCUACCAACGAACCCAUGCAAGUGAAACUUGUUCCAAAUUAUGCAGAUGAUCCUUUAGUUUGUGGCCCGAGAUAUAUAAAAGAAGAUUUUAGAUGCAGUUGGGCAACAUACUUGGGUUUAUUUAGUAGUGGUAUUCUAUUAUUAGGCAUAAAUGACGGAACAAAACUAACACUUAAAAUAAAUACGGGGAGGCCUACAAGAGCGUUCAAAGUUCAUGGACAGCUCGGUAAAGCUACAGAUACAUACUUCUGGAACGGUAAAACUGUAGAGCGCAGUACCUACAACCAUGUGACAAGAGAGAAGAUAGAUAGAGUAGUAGCCCAUAUGCAGGCUGCUCAUCAGAAAACUAUGUUUGAAUUAUCAGGUCUACACAUGGAAUCGCAGACCACAUAUGAAUUAGCUGCACAAGGAUUAAUAAGGCCAGCAAAUAGCAAAUUACCAGUACUAUAUGGUAUAAAAUGUGUGUCUUUUGAGCCUCCCAACUUCAUACUGGAAAUCCAAUCAGUCAACGAGUAUGACAAAUAUCUCUGGACCAUAGUACAUGACCUUGGUAUUCAAUUGAAGACAUCAGCCUACUGUACAGCAGUACAAUGCAUUAGACAAGGCAAGUUCAACUUGGAAGAUGCGUUAUUAAGGAAACAUUGGAAGUUAGAACACAUAAUAGAGAACAUGAAGGAAUGUGAACAGAUACUUAACGAAAAUGAGCAGAUGAUUAGGCAGAAGUCGGCACAUCUUGUGUAGUAAUAGUUAUUAAAUUAUGUAUAAGUGUUAGAUUUGUUAUGUAAAUAAAACACAGUGAUCAUAAAAAUUAUUUAUUUUACAA